CAUACUGUACAUGCAUGUCUGGAUACACGAAACCUGGAAUGGAGUCGAACAACUUCCAUGGAGGUGCAAAUAUACAGGCCUCUCCUUUUGGAUCUCUUUAUAUUACAUUGGUACCAAUAUCUCCUGACAAAAGCUGACAAUUUGGUGAAGAGGAAUGGGUUAAGUUCAGAAGAGUUGCCUGGUGCUAUCUCUUUGUCAGCUGAUGGUCAAUAUGGUCCAUUCAAGUUCAUUAAUAUGUGUGUCACUGAUUCACUUCUCAUGGCCUUAUAUCGUUUAUAUUUAAAAACUGACGGAGUAAGAUCUCUUUUCAGCGGUCGUGUAAUACUGAGAGCAGCUAUGGUUUUUUUACAUGCUAGAAUGUAUAAUGAGGCCAAAGCAUGCUGGGUGUUCGCACAAAUUAAUUUGGCUAAAAAUCGCAUAUUUCAAGUUACUGUAACUAAUGAUUCCCUCAGUAUUGUGCCAUGGUUUGUAGUAGAUGCUAGGAGUGAACCAAAGGACCAUUUAAACAUAUUUAAUGAACUUGUUUUGGCCACAUACCAUUUUGAUGUGGACGAUAUAAUCACAGCAAUUCAUCAAGAAACCCUCAUUAAAACAUUAAGCAAAUUUGAACACAUUGGAGACGUGCGUGCUUUAGGUAUGAACGAUUACAAUCCUGCAGCCAUUAUAGUGGAUGUAGACCGACGGCUGGAUACAGCACCACCACUGACUGUUUGUGAUGACUAUGACAGGAUCUUCGAACUACAGUUUUUAUUGAUGACACAAAAAUCAUCACUCGACCACGUCAUUGUUGGGUUAUUCCUCUCUGAUCGAUGGGUUCUCUAUGAUGAUCUGAAGCCCACAUAUGCAGAUUUUAACCCUGGCAAGGCUGACUUUAAAGAUGAUUUUGUGAUUCUCGUGGCUGGCUAUGUCAAUAUACCAAAUGCGCCAUUCGGAAUUUCCGAAGAGGGUCAAUGUGGGACUGUGGUUUUCAAUCCUGCCUGUGACCGUCCUCCUAACAAAAAGGAACACCUAGACUAGUUGGCCAACUAGCUAGCUUAAAAGUGCAAUGUGGGAUUUUUAGCAACAUCUAUAGCAAUGAGCUUGUCAAAUUCAACCAACGGCUCAGUCCAUAGCUCAACACUCAUUUUCGAAACGCAUACUGAAGGUAUGGUAGUUGCUAUAGGACAAACACGUCAUCAUCUGAGACAACGUAGUAACAAAACACAAUCUACUGAACGGUUUGUCCGUUUAAGGCUAAUGUAGAAAAAUGAUGAGGACUUCCAUGUAAGGGGACACGUGGUUAAAACGGCUCAUUCUAAGGUAAUAAAAAUACAGUUCAUUUUGUAGGGUCUUGAUAAUAUUCUGUACUUAUGUAUAUUAUAUUGUAUUUCUGUCAAGAGAUCCUCCUAAAAGCCUCACAUUGCACAU